AUGGCUUCACAAACAACAGAAUCCGUUCCAAUCCCUCAGCCUCCACCCUCACUGUUCAUCGGCAACCUCUCGGAGAUAGACCCGACCAAUGUGCCAAGCUCCUUCCAACGGCUUGCGGACAUAUAUGGCGAGAUUUAUCAGCUCGAUCUACCAGGUCGUAAGGGCAAGGUCGUUGUUGUUUCCUCAUACGACACGAUAAACGAUGUCUGUGAUGCGGAACGGUUCGAGAAGCCCAUAAAUGCAACGCUCGAGGAGGUUCGCGCUCUGACUGGCAAUGGGCUAUUCACAGCCUACCCUGGGGAGAAGGCUUGGGGCGUGGCGCAUCGUUUGCUCAUGCCGGUGUUUGGCCCAAUGGGCAUCCGCAAGAUGUUCGAUGAUAUGAUGGAUAUCGCGACACAAAUGUUGCUUCGAUGGGAUCGGUUUGGUCCAGAGCACGAAAUACUGUGUAGCGACGACUUCACACGACUUACGUUUGAUAUGAUCGGCUUAUGCGCAUUCGGAUAUCGAUUCAACAACUUCUACUCUGACCAUGCGAACCCAUUCAUUGACCAGAUGGUUGAAGUUUUGAUGGAAUCUGGAAAACGAAGCAGCCGCACAGCGAUUGAGAACAAACUGCGCGUCUUUGCUGAAGCUAAUCGCCAGGAGAACGUGAAGAAGAUGCAUGAUUUAUGUGACCACAUCAUCGCCGAUCGCAUCGCACACCCGCAACCAGAUGCCAAGGAUCUUCUCAAUCCUAUGUUGGAAGGAGUUGACAAAGAGACUGGUGAGAAAAUGUCUAAUGAGCUCGUCCGAUACAACAUGGUGACGUUUCUGGUCGCGGGCCAUGAGACUACAAGCGGAACUUUAGGGUUCCUGUUCUACCACUUGCUCAAGAAUCCAGAAACGUAUCUCAAAGCCCAGGCCGAAGUUGAUGAGGUUCUUGGCGACGGUCCCCUGGAGGCGAAGCACAUCUCGCAGCUUGUCUAUAUCAAGUUCGCUAUAUAUGAGGCUUUGAGGUUCCUUGGCCCUAUUGCACUUACUACGAAGCAUUCUUUGAAGCCAACGAAGAUUGCCGGUAAAUAUCAGGUACAGCCCGAGGACCACGUUCUCAUGAAUCUUCGUGGACUACAUCACGACCCAAAGGUUUGGGGCGAAGAUGCUGAAGUGUUUCGACCGGACAGGUUCCUCAACGGUGGGUGGGAGAGCCUGCCUCCAAACGCCUGGAAGGCCUUCGGAGACGGAAUGCGAGCCUGUAUCGGUAGAACCUUUGCUGAGCAAGAGAUGAUAAUGGUCGUCGCUCUCAUAAUACAGAAGUUCCAGGUCGAGUUGGCAGAUCCUGCUUAUCAGCUCCACGUCUCCGUUACCAUAACGCAGAAGCCCAAGGACCUGAAGAUCAAAGUUCGCAGGCGACCUGGCCGAACUAUGGCCGGCCUAGGCGGGGUGGGGCAAAAUGUUCCCUCCCAAAAAGCAGGCGCGGAGAAAUCCAAUCCAAGUAAUGGAGAGCAGACCCCCGCCCGGGAUGCGAAACCAAUCACUGUACUGUACGGCUCAAAUGCAGGUACAUGCAAGUCUUACGCGGAAGACCUUGAGACGAAUGCAUCUCGCUUCGGUUUCAAAGCCAACAUAGCCAGCUUAGACUCUGCCACUGAACAUAUUCCGAAGGACCAGCCGAUAGUCAUCAUUGAGCCCUCCUAUGAGGGGAAGCCAGCCGACAAUGCCAAGAAGUUCACUGCAUGGUUGGAGGGCAAUGCGAACUCCAAGCAACUUGAAGGUGUGCAAUACGCCAUCUUUGGUGUCGGCAACAGCGACUGGACUCACACUUACCAUCGGAUCCCAAAGCUGACAGACGAUUUGUUCGAGAAAAUGGGUGCAAAGAGGUUCACCGAGACCGGCCUUGUCAAUGUGAAAGAAGACAUUAUGGGUCCUUGGGAGAAAUGGUCCGAGCAGAUGUGGAAUGAUCUCCGCAAAUCGAGCGGUACGACUGUUGAAGUUCUUGGUGGACAGGUUCAGGUUGCGAUAACACCCCCAAAGUUCGCGACGUAUCUCGGUGGUAGCGACAUUGGCUACGGAGAAGUCAAGGUCAACAAAGACUUGGGCUGUGGUGAGGUUGGCCUUGCAAAGAAGCAUAUGGAGAUCGAACUUCCCGCUGGGACAUCGUACCGAUCCGGCGACUAUAUGGUUAUUUUACCGCUAAACAGCAUCACGAAUGUGAGGCGUAUCAUGAAACGCUUCGAUCUCGCGCCCGACGACAACAUUAUCGUUACUGGAACCAACAAGAGCUUCAUCGCUACCGAUUCGCCCAUAUCCGUCUUUGACCUGCUCAUGACGCGUGUGGAGUUGAGCACACCCAUUUCGCAGAAGCAACUCGAAACGCUCGCAGAAGCGACAUCCGAAAACAAGCGGGGCAAGUUGUUGGAGCUCGCAACAGAUGAGGUGUACAAAAGAGAUGUCAUCUCAAAGCGUUACAGCAUCCUGGACAUCCUUGAGGACUACCCAGACUGCCAGCUCGACUUUGCUACUUAUCUCGACUCGCUAAAGCCCCUCUCACCCCGUCAAUACAGCAUCUCGUCCUCACCGAUCGCCAACAUCGAAUUCACACAGAAGCCCGAUGGCACCAACACGCAGCGCCUGACAGCCUCAUUGACGUAUGAUGUACACGAAGAAGCCGCAUGGAGUGGAGGUGGCCGUCAGUUCCGCGGCGCCGCAUCUACAUACCUUGCUAGACAAGAGCCUGGUGAAAAGGUCCGUUGCUUUACACGCCCAACGAACGUAAACUUCCAUCUGCCACUGGAUCCCACAGUACCUAUCAUCAUGAUCUGCGCGGGUUCUGGUCUAGCCCCCAUGCGCGGCUUCAUCCAAGAGCGAGCGGUUAUCAAGAAGGCCCGCAAUGCCACCGUUGGCCCAGCAAUCCUGUACUUUGGCUGCCGCCACCACGAAAAGGAUUUCAUCUACGCGGACGAACUGGCGCAAUGGGAAGCAGAUGGCGUCGUUAGUGUGCGCGGAUGCUUCUCCAAAGUCGCGCCUGAGGGACAGAAGGCCCAACGCGUGCCUGAUCGUAUGUGGGAUGAGCGCAAGGAGUUGGCCCAGUUGUUUGGAGAACACGGUGCCAAGAUCUUCAUCUGUGGCAGUGCAAGUAAAUUGGCGAAGAGCACUGCAGAGAUCUGCAUGAAGAUCUACAUGGACACAUUUCCAGGUAAGACGGAAGAUGAUGCCCAGAAGUGGCUAGAGAAGGUCAAGGAGGAUAGGUAUGUCAGCGAUGUGUUUGAGUGAGUUCGUAAACAAACUCCGCGUGCUGUGCGACUUGGUGGCAGGAUGGAUACACUGGUAAUGGGCGGAGAAAUUGUAUGCCAAGACGUGAGGGGUAGAAACAAUUGUUCAUUGCCAA